GUGAUGUAAACACGAAGUAUAUCCGAGGAUCUCGUCCCUCGAUCGACUGUCAUUGGGUGCUAUCUCACAGUCAGGUACAUAAAUCCAUGAUCAUUUCGACGACAGCCAAUCACGGUCAUGAGCUGGUCCCGCUUGUGUGAGUAUAUCACCCCCCACCGGUCACUCUCUGCCCAAGUACACGCCGUGAUGGGCUGUCACACCUGCGGGGUCGGCGUCUCGCCCAGCUGGGCGCUUAGAAGACGGCGCGAAACUGGGAGUUCAAGUCCAGGUUGCCAGAUUACUCUCGACGCUCUCAUCUUCUCUCUCUUCUUCUUCCUUCUCAGAUACUUUACAUACAUACUCCCCCGUUGCUCUUUCCCCCCCUCCCCUGUCGAAUUUAUUUUUAUCACCACCCCCUAUUCCUGUGAUCUUCUCCCCGCCACGGGGCCUCUAGUGCCCGCCCCUGCCCCUCACUGACCAGACUCACCACCGAUCACACCGAUCGGCACAUCUAGCUCCGUGAUUGGUACUCUCGUUGCAUUCGUUCUUCAAGUGGCUGCGGUGCAUUCUGCAACUUUUUUUUUUCUCCUUACUACCGGACGAUCUGCAACCUGCAACUUCCCCCUAACUUCGAAGCGCAUUCGCCUCGGCCUGCAUCAUGAAUCCAGGCGAGAGCCGUGCCAUCCACCCGGACGGCGAGCUGUUCCUCACCAGCUCAACCGUCAACACAAACACCUCUUCCUCCGGCAGGCCGGACGGAAACCACCGCGUUGAGCCUCUGCGUAUCAACAAGCGGGACUCGGCCAGUCCGCAAUCUGCCUCGAGUCCACCCAACAUCCCCCUCCCUUACCCCGAUGACCGGCCACGUCCGCAACUGCGCUCAUCCAGCAGCUCACACGAUACCCGUCCCACGGAUGGCUUGCGAUACAACUCGCCGCCCCCGGCCAGUGCAGGCUCAGGAUCGGGCUCGGGCUCGGUCAGCCCCGCAGAUUAUCCGCCCGCACUGCGACCCCGCGAUGGCCGCGAACCCAGAAUCGCAACUCUAGCAGAGCGUCGCGGUGCAGCGCCCAAGCCGCUCCCCGAAUCGCCUGGCCCCGAUGCCCCGGACGCUGCUGCCCUCGCAGCACGGCCAUACCCCCGGCCCCCCACGGCAUCGGCACCCGUUGACUCGGGCGAACAGCAAUACGACUAUCGCCAGCAGUACUAUCCACCACCGGUCAGCUCAUCGUCCCGACCGGGCUCGAAUCUAGCCCCGCCAUCGUCAUCCUCAUCCGGUAUUAAUCGCAUUAGUUCAACGGCGUCGACGUCGACGACCCGCGCACAGCGCGGAUCUCCACCGCCGCCGGAGACACCUAUCGUAGGUCCCGGUCAGCAACCGGGCUCGGAUAUUGAGGCCCGGUAUGCGGCUGCGGGGAUUGCGGGGACCGGAACGCUGGCGGGUCUGCAGUCGCAGAGCUCGGCGGCCCAGAGGAGGGCUGAACAGUAUGUUGGGCAGCAGCCGACUUUUGGUCCGCAGGAGUCGCAGAGGCCGUGGACGCCGACAGAAUUGCCGGGCUCGCAGCCUCAUGGUCCGCCCACGGUAUAUCAAGGGGCUGAGGUGGUUAGUGCUGGGCAGGUUGGCCAGGCGCAGGUGCAGCAACAUCCGGGUCAAUAUAGUAGCCCGCCGCCGCAGCAUCCUUCCCAGUAUGGAACUCCUACACCACAGGCUCAGCAUGCGCAAGCGAUCCCGUUGGACCAGCAGUCCAGAAUCCACGCGAAUGCGCUGGAGCAUGAUAUGGAUCGGAUGCGCAUCAGCGAUGAGCCUCCACCUGCUUAUUCGAGUGUCUCUGGCGCGGGUACUGCUAAUGGGUAUCCAAAUGAGAAGCCAGGUGCUGCCGCAGCGGGUGUCGCAGCGGGUAUAGCGGCUGGAGCUGCGGCUGGAGCUAUCGCUGGUCAUCCUGCUGUUGCCAACCAAGCUCACCCUGCUAUCGCUUCUGCGCCCUCUCCUGCGCCCACGGCCUCGACGGAGGGCCAUCCUGCCUUUGCGAAUGACCCGCGGCAGCAAUCUAGCGCGGGGCCGUCGCCUCAGAGUGCUGUUGCUAAUGGCCAGGCUCAAUAUCCACAGCAGCAGCAGCAGCAAACACAACAACCUACUCAGCAAGCACAGCAAGCGCAACAGUACCCGGCACAAGUUGCCUCUCCUGGACCCUCUGGUCCUCCUCCGGCAUCUCCUCCGCCUUUGCCAGAGGGCUGGAUUGCGCAUCUGGAUCCGAAUUCUGGCCAGUACUAUUAUAUCCAUCUGCCGACGCAAUCAACGCAGUGGGAGUUCCCCAAGGGCCCCACGCCUCUGAACCUGAACGAGACACCUCUCUCUCCCGUCGGAAGUGUAUACAGUAGCCACCCUCUGACAUCCCCCGGUUUAUCAGCAUUUGGCAAACCCUUGGCCUCUCCGGGUGUCCCUCUGACUCCCGGCUUUGAGAGCUUGCAAUCACCAAUGGCGGGAUUCACGGGCCCUCCACCAAGCAGUGGAAUGGAUAUCUACAAGACUGCCCCAACCAACGGAGUCUACUUUGGUCCCUAUCUGCGAUAUACGAACAUGGACCUCGAGCGCGGUCUCUGGCUAGGAUCUAUUCUCCUCGUCACCGACGCAGCCCAGCCCCCAACAAUCCACCUCCAUCAAAGCGUGGAUCUAUCCCCGAACCCGCGCCAGCUCAAAGCAAUCAAUAUCGCCGCACACCAGCGAUGGACCUUUUACAAGUAUGAGAUCGACCUGCAAAUGGACGACGCCGGCCCCGCGAAGUGGACCUACGCCAUCACGUCUCAUCUCGGCUGCACACGAUACGAGUUCCUCGUCGCUGGUCGACACGAGACGAACUGGCGCUUCAUCGCAACAUCCGGUAACGAUUUCUCAUUGAAUGUGAACGCGAACGAGCGCGCACGCCUCGGCGGCGUCGGCUUCAUGUGGAAGGAUAUCAUGCAGAAACAUAAUGAGAUUGGAGGUUUCCAUACACAGCUCUGUUUGGGCGGUCAGAUCUAUGCUGAUCGAAUGUGGAAGGAGAUUCCUUGUUUGAAGCAGUGGCUUACGAUUAGUGGCAAGGAGGCGAGGAAGAAUGCACCGUGGACGGCGGCUAAUCAACAGGAUGUCUCGCAUGCGUAUUUCCAUUACUACACGAGUCAUUUUGAUCAGCCGUAUUUGAGGGAAAGUUUUGCGCAGAUUCCUUAUAUCUGCCAGAUUGAUGAUCAUGAUAUUUUCGAUGGCUUUGGAUCGUAUCCUGAGCAUAUGCAGUUCUCUAAUAUGUUCAAGAACAUCGGACGCGUUGGUAUCGAGAUGUAUCUCCUUUUCCAACACCAUACUACCCUCGAUAUCCUCCGCAAUGUCAACAACGACACUGACCUUUUCACCAUCACCGGAACUGGUUGGCACUUUGUCAAGUACCUCGGCCCUGGCGUCGUCGUCGUCGGACCCGACUGCCGCUCAGAGCGAAACCCGCACCAAGUCAUGGCCGGUCCCACGUACCAAGGCCUCUUCCCCAAGGUUGCUAUGCUGCCACCGAGUGUCCAGCAUUGUCUGUGGAUGGUCUCUAUGCCGUUGAUCUACCCCCGUCUGGAGACGGCGGAGCAUAUCGCGCAGACCGUCGCAACUGGUAAGAGAGCAGUGACUGGCGCGUAUAAUGUGCUGGGUAAGGUGACUAGCUCGGUUGCUGGCGUGGUUGGUGCAAAAGAAUUUGUCGGUUCGGGCUUUGACUCUGUCAAGCGGGCUGUUGGAAAGUCCGGACUGAUGGGGGGCAUCUUGAGUCCAUUUGGCGAGUUUGAUCUCAUGGAUGAGUUACGCGAUCAAUGGACACAUGAGUCAAAGGACCUGGAACGCACAUACCUCAUCCGCACCCUCCAAGGAAUCGCGCACCAAAAAUCCCUCCGAAUGACCUUCCUCUCUGGCGCUGUCAACGUCUGCGGCGCCGGCCUAGUCCACGACCCCUCUCAGCCCUCCGACCAUAAAACAAUGUACCAACUCAUCUCGUCCCCCAUCGUCAACACCCCACCCCCCUCCUACGUCGUCAAACUCCUCCACAGCAGCUCCAAACCCCUCUACGUCCCCGCCAACGGUCACCGCUCCUCCGCCCAACCCACCGAUACAAAGGAAGACAUGAUGGAGAUCUUCCAGACGGACGUCAACGGCCAGCCGCGUGAGCAUAAAAAGCUCAUGGCGAGGAGGAAUUACGUUGCUAUCGUUGCGUAUGAUCCGGAUGUGGUUUCGACGCCGGCGUUCGGGAUGCAGCAUCAGGCCUUUAGUGCGCAGAAGGCGAAGUUGAGUCUUGCGGCCGACUUUAUGGUUCAGGGGGAUGGGGCUUAUGCGAAUGUUGUUAAAUUCGGGCCGGUCAUUGUGCCCAGUUUGGAGGACGGGAAGUAAACGCGAGGGGUUGGAUUCGAGUUGAACCUUGUGAUUAUGCAUUUGGUCAUGACUCUCUUUUUUGAGUUCUUGGUUUUGUUCAUAGCUUUGGAUUGUUUUCUUUUUCCUGAUCUGUUCUUGGGCGUUCUGUUCUAGAUAUUCAUCUCCGUACAUUUUGACUGUUGACAUGUUCUUGCCAUUGACCUUUUGCAUUCUUUGACAUAAGUUUCGACAUUCUGUGGAAUUAUACAAUUACAGAUGCAAGAUUACUCAUCCUCGGAUUAGCGAGUUCAAUAUGUCCAUUCUUGAGAGACUAGGUAUAUCCCCGUUGCGAAGAUCAGAUCUAUACAAACAUGGGAGAUCCCAUAUGAACAACAUCCUGAUAAAACCCUUGACUCCAAACGCCCGCUCUAUUAUAAACCCAAAUCCCAAUCAUCCAAAAAGAUCACCCCCAGGUACACACAACCCAAUUCGCCAGAAAUAAUCCCGAUGCGCAUAGAAAAGUUCCCACAGUCUAUACCUCGCCGGAAUAAGAGACCAGUUCCAGUGCCGCGGAUACAACGGAGCCGUCUCAACCUGUGCCUUCGAUACACACUCUGCACCCCCAGUACCCCUCUGCUUACCCAGGACCUGCUGCUGGGCACCCACCUCCAACCCCUCUCCCUCCAACCCCUCUUUCUCCUCCUCCAGACACGGCUCAACCGGCGUAUCGAAGAGAUCCAACGAAACAUCCAAAUCCCUCAAAACGUCAAACAACGAAGCCGAAGACGCCUCCGCGCCGGUAAUACACCGCGCAUCCUCGUCACCGGCACACGCCCACACAUCCUCCCUCGCGGGCGGCAAGGCCGCUUUGGAAAUAAACACUUCCCCGGCAUGCGGCGCAUACCCCCAUUCCCGCAACGGCAAUAACGGCACGGGGUCAUCGACGUGCGUCACGCGACGAAUACGCGCUAUCUCGGGAUUCUCGAUCCCGUCCUGACUAGAAGUCCCAAUCUGGAAAGCUUGAUCUAGGAAGCCCGCGAACGGGGCGUUCCCGACCAUCGGUGCGCCAAAGGUCGUUACGAGCGGGUCCCAGCCUUUCAGGCGCAUUUCUAGACCGGCUAGGGUUGCGACUGCGCCGCCGAGGGAGUGGCCGACGAGUGUUACUUCGUAGUCGGGAUGUUUUUGGAGGGCUGUUAGCACUGUAGGGAGGAUUGUGGGACGGGUGUUUAGCCAGGAUUUCAUGAAGCCUGCGUGGACGGUGCAGUUUUCGCAGUGGAGGGUGAGCGGGGAGGUGCUAUUGUUGUUGUUGUCGUCGUCGUCGCCGGUGUAGGGAAGGUAGGAUUGUGGGUAGGCGGAGAGGUCUAUUAUCGUAUUCGUGAUCGAGUAUGUACCCCGGAAAGCAAUGAUGAUGCGCUUUGGUCCCGGCGCGUGCGAAAGUGCAAUGUAGCCGCACGAGUCGGAGAGCAGGAUACCCGUGUUCCAUGU